AUGGCAGGCCCGACCUCGCCGGGCGCCGAGGGCCCCACGUUUGCCCCGCCUCACCUCCCUGCCGGCUGGAUUGCCCAGUGGGAUGGUUCGAGCAAGAAGUAUUACUUCGUGCAGCUUUCCACCGGUCUCUCGCAAUGGGACGUGCCGACCGACGCCGCCCCGACCGGCGCAACACCUAUGCAGCCCUCCGAUCAUCCUUACGGCGUCCCUCAGCCUGAGCUGAUCACGCAUCCUGACGGCAGCCAGACCGUGCGACACGCCGACGGCACCCUCGAGCCCGUCAACCCUCCCAUGCCGCCCGACACCACAAACACGAGGGGCAUCGAUGGCCCCGCCGGAGAUCGAGGCCUUGGCAGCAUGGCCAUGAACGCGCUCCUGGGCGGAAAGAACUCGGGUCAGAACAACUCGUCAGGCUCCCACGGCAACUCCUCGAGUCCGCUUGGCGGUCUCGCAAGCCAGUUGAUCAGUGGCAUUGGCGGGCACGGCAACAGCCAGGGCGGCAGCGGUGGAGGCAAGAGCUCGUUGGGUAAGCUUGGAGGCGCGCUGGCUUCGAGCUUUUUGAACAAGCCGAAUCAGCAGGGCCAGCAGAGCCAUCAGAACCAACAGAGCCACCAAGGACAGCAGCAGCAAAACUACCAAGGCAACCAGUCUUCGGGCCAGCAACACGGCGGCGGUCUUGCCGGGUCCCUCAUGGGCGGUGUGGCCAACAUGUUUGGCGGCAACAAGCCGGCUCACGGUAGCAAUAACAACUUCGGCUACUCGAACAAUGCCUCUGGAGGAAGCGGCGGCGGCGGAUACUCCGGCCAGGCCCCUCCCACCUCGUACCAACCACCUGGUUCCUCCUCGCACAACCAGCACUCGUCUCCGCCGGCAGGAGGUUCGUCUUACAACUCCCCGGCGCCCCAGGGCCAAAACAACCACGGACAAAACAACCACGGACAGAACCACCAGCAAUCAUACCCGCCGCCGCCUAACCAGAAUCAGGGUCACACCCAAUCGUUCCCCCCGCCGCCUAACCAGUAUCCUCCGCCAAACCAGGGCCAAUCACAACAGUACGGCGCACCUCAACAGUCUCACAACCAGUCUUACCCGCCUCCGCCUGCUGGCGGGCCUCCUUCGUCCUAUGGACAGCAGCCCAGCUACGGCACUCCGUCAAACCAGCAGCAUCAACAUCAGCAGCAACCGCAGUACGGAGGGUACAACCCGGCCACGUACGGUAGCGGUAGCGGUGCUCCCCAGGGUUCUCAGUCAGGAGGCUACCCGAACCAGCAGUCAUACGCCAACCCUCCGCAGCAGUCUGGCUACGGCAGCAACCCUCACUACUGA